AUGAACAGAGAUGCAAACAUUGUGCAGUUUAGUGCUCAGUAUAGCAUUGGUGGAUGUCCUUCCUUAUAUUUUAGGCUUUUUGAUUUGGAUCCAGACCUCUUGCCCCUUUUCAAGUACAAUUGCAAGACGUUCUCUACUCCUCAAGAGUGCCUCUCAUCACCUGAGUUCCUGGAACACAUUAGAAAGGUAAUGCUGGUAAUUGAUGCAGCUGUAACUCAUUUGGAGAAUUUGCACUGCCUGGAGGACUACCUCUCUAAUCUUGGCAGGAAACACCAAGCAGUUGGGGUGAAGGUUGAGUCCUUUGAGGCUGUAGGAGACUCCUUGCUGUAUAUGCUGGAGAAAUGCCAUGGUCCUGCCUUCAAGAUGAAUGUGCGAGAAGCCUGGAUAAAGCUCUAUAGCACUGUGGUCAAAGCCAUGAGCUGCGGCUGGAAGGUUCCCAGAAAGGUGGAAUAAUCUCUGAUCAAGAUGUUUGGAGCGCUUUGCUGUUCUGGGUCAGAAACAGCUAUGACAAAAGAGCAUGAUCAUUUUUCCAGCUUGAUGUAUUUCAGAGUAAUCUCGACAGCUUUCUUUCUGUCUGUUGCUUACUUUUGCAUUCCCAGUCUCUGUGUGUGACAGUGGGCCCUAGAAUUCGGUGUAGCAGGUCCAUGUGUAGUGGUGUGUAAAACAUUUCAAUCCAAAGUAUUUUAAGUAUCAAAUUCUCCUUACCACAAGUUUGAAAUAGGCUGUUUUGAGUAAUUUGGAACUGAUUCGAGCUCUAAACAAUUCUUUUGACCUUAAAAUAUUUUCAGAAUUCUCAAAACAACCAGAUUUGUAUUUAAAAAAAAACCACCCAGUAAGAACGGAUUAACAUUCAAAUUGGGAAAAUUUGUGAAGAUGAAAUGAUUCAAAAUGAAAUUUUGCAUAACUCUAGUCUGUUUGCAGGUGACAAAAGUGAAGAAACCUGGAGUUGCAAUUAUAUGUUGACUGUAGUGGCUUUCUUGCCUUUAAGCUCUUUUUUUAAUUAAUCGUUUUUUUAAACAAGAGAAUGGACAAAUAUAAAAAAAGGAUACAAUGUUAUAGUAAUAGUAAAUGAACAGAGAUGCAAACAUUGUGCAGUUUAGUGCUCAGUAUAGCAUUGGUAAAUGGUUAGCCAUCAAAACCAAAAUAUAUUGUCAUUUUUAAUAAAAAAAGGAAAGUACUUUGAAGAUCUUUUUAAAUCUCUGAGCUGAAUGCAUGAUUUUCGAAAGCUCUUUAUUUUCUGUUUAUAAAAACCAACUGCACAGGUUUUUUUUAGCAUACAAAGGCAUUUGGGCUAGCCAGGGUUUGUUUGUUUGUUUUCAGUAAGGAAAGCUUGGUAUUCUUUCUGUAAAUUGUGGGGAUUUCUUUGGGAUUAUAUAAGCAGUACAGUCUCCCCCCCCCCCCCCAAAAAAAAAAAAGUGGGUUAAUUCACUAUACAAUGGGGCUGGAAAAAUGUUGGGCUUUUCAAAUGCCUAGCCGCCUGGGAAAGCAAAGGGAAAUCAUCAAAGCCAUUAAAAAGCGAAAGUUAG